AUGUCGAGCAACACAUCCAGUCGCCAAAGCUCUAUACACUUGCCCGCCGGCCUUGUCAAGGACUCCGAUAUCAGUUCCGCUGUCGAUAAACAAGAAGUUGCAAACACCAGCCCGUCUGGCUUCAAGCGUCGCUGGCAAGACAUUCGCAAGAAAUGGGGUCCCUUGAUGGCAGCCAAGGAGCACUUGGAUGAUGAAUAUACGUUCCCUCCGGGCCGUUACGCUGGACAGGGUAUUUAA